AUGGGCGGCGUUUCCACCAAUCCUGUCAACAGCUUGUCGUCAACGGAGGUCUUUGACCCACGGCACGGCUCUUGGGAAGCCGGGCCGUCUUUGCUGGAACCUCGAGGGCAUGCUGCCGUCGUAUGCAGUGCUGGCGUGGUGUAUGUCAUUGGUGGUAAGGAUGGACACCGAGCCCUUGCUUCGGUGGAGGAGUACUGUGCAGAAAUGCAUGUUUGGAGAAGUGGGCCGGCCCUUGCUACUCCUCGCUGGGGUGCGGCUGCACGGCAGCUGGGAAGUCAGGUGUUUGUGAUGGGCGGCUGCAGCGACACGGAGACGCUCCGAAGCUGCGAGAAGUUGCCAAGCUCAACAACCGGUGACCGCUGCUGGCAGACAGCACCGCCUUUGAUCCAGCGCAGGGCCCACUCAGCAGCAGCCGUGCUCGAUGGUGCUCUCUUCGUGAUGGGAGUUCGGCUCCGAGUGGUCGUGGGUGGGUGGCUGCUGCGCCCCCCCCAAUUACCACAACGACAGAAGAUCGUGGCGCUGCGAUCUUCCGAGGACUCAGAAGGCUCGUACGGCAUGUGCGCAAUUGACAGCCGCGAAAUUCCAUGCUUGUCAAUGCGGGCUUUGGUUGUGGGAGAGGGAAUGCGUUGGACGGAGCGGAGGAGACCAAAGAGUUUCGACGACGCUCAGUUCCACCGGCGCAACAUGAAGAAUUUAUGGAAGUGGAUAUUCAACCAGUGGUGGAUUAUGACGAUCGGGUGGUAUUUCUGCGCAGUUGCUGUGGUUGUUGCUGUCAAGCGGGAGAAGCACAAGUCCAUGUUGACAUGUGUCGCCAACUUGGCCAUUGGUUGGCCAUUGGUGGCACCGCUUGCUUGCUGGAAAGGAUUGCGGAAUCUGCGGGUCCAUUUCAGCAAAGUGAUGGCAAUCGCGGUCCUCGCCGGUCUGGAGCGGAAUUUGACAAACUCCUCCCUUUACAAGAUCGGAGGUUCGCUGAAAACCGCCCUGCACGGCUUCAAUGUUCCACUGGCCUUUCUUAUGGCGGCCCUGUGCGGAGUGGACGAGCUCGGGCGGAGCUGCCUCUUGGGGUGCGGCUGCGGGAACAAUCUGUUGUUGACCCUGGCGCUCGUCCUCAUUGCUGCGGGCUCCAUCGUUACAGGAGCCAUCGGCGAUGGUUCAGGUGGCUCCUGGCAUGGCGACCUUCUGGGCGUCUUCCUGCAGGUCGCCUCUAGUGUGGCCUACGCCCUCAAGUUUGCGGUUGCGAAGAUGCUGUUCAAUUCCGGCGAUCCGAAUGCAGCGGGUGUGGACCCAGGCUCUCUCCCUCCCUCGAAGGACCAGAUAGCCUUUGUGGUCAACCCGGUCACAGGUUUGAUGAGUCUGCUCUUCUUACCUUUCUUCGAAAGCAAUUUCGCGCUUCCCUCCGUGGAUUCCGCUGUGGUGGUCGGGAUCUGCGCCACGGGCAUUUUGGUGUUUGAGCUGCUUCUGACCGAGCUGACGUCUCCACUCACAGUGUCUGUGCUGGGGGUCAUGCACAACGUAGUGAUCGUCGUUUUCUUCACACUCAUGGGGGAGAGGAUGAGCACUGGGCAGGUCGCCGGCUUCACAGUCUCGACUGCGGGGGCGAUCUGCUAUGCGUGUGCACGCAAGCGGCAGGCAAAGCGGGGAGGUCUGCUAACUUCGAGAUCAGAGGAAAUGCAGCGGGCAAACUCUGGUGUCGAAGAGGGCAUGGAGGAGCUGUAG